UUGGAGCAUUCUGCACCAUCGUUUGGUCCUCCUAAUACACAGAGAUUUCUGAUGACUUAAACGCAUUGAGAACGAUUUUCAAAUGAAACUGAAAAAGUUUAGACAUUAUCUUGCAAACUAUCUUUUUAGUUGCUUUUACUAUCUUGCUUUAAUUUAUAAGUAAAUUAAAGUUGGUGAGGAAAAACAUGGAAUCCGAGAAGAUGGCUGUGUUAUUCUGGUGAUCUGGAUUAUUCAAUGUCUACAACUCCUCCAUAGACACCACCUCUACACUUUCCCAGUUCUGAUUUCAGGUAUACCAGCCUAAUGAGCUCCCCCAUGGAAGACAGCCAUAACAUCUUAGAUUGGACUUCAAGUGAGCAUGUUGAAUUCACAAGAUUAAACCCUUCCAGAACAAACAACACAGAAGGAGAGUGGCAUAUGGUAACAGCCACUUGCUCAUUGCUUGGCAGGGAGAGAAGAGGCCAGAAGGAGAGCCUGCAGGACCAAAGUUUGGUCUCCUACAACAGUUUGACAAGAACACAUUUUCUCCAGCCAAAUAGAGAAUCAAGUGCAUUUUCACCCUACACUAAUGACUUCUGGUUGAGUAGUAGAGUUGCCAAGAACAUUGCUGAGUCUCCCAGGAAUGGUCCUAAACUGCAUCCGCUGACACAGCCAGGCUUCUACAGUCCACAGAUCCCAAGAUCCAAACAUUGUGAAACUGGGCAUUUUACAAAAAAAGUUUCAAAAGGAUCCUUUCCUUCAAACAACAUAAAGGAGUUCUAUGCUCACACAUUACCUCUUCUAUGUGCCAAGACUCCUGUUCUCAAACUCAGCCCCUUGUGCUGCAAGCCACAAGAGGUUAAAACUUCUGUUGUGGAAAAGCCUUUGAUUUCACAAACUUCACCAAACUCAAGUCAACCCAGCAAGAAAGAUCUCAGCUUGCUCCAGCGAAGAGGGAAUCAUGACAACAAGAACCAGGACCAGAAUUGGUCCAGUUUGCAGGAGCCCAAUAUAAAACUUGUGUGGAGUCCUGGUCAACCGUCAUUCAGCCUACAUCAGUCUGCACAAAUCCAGAAUUUAUUCAGUGAGAAUAUUUCUACCAAGGAUCAACUUUCUAUUAACACGCAUCUGUUCCCUGAACUCCAGUCUAGACCAGACGGCUCUGCAACAUUCAGUCCAAGUUUGCGAAAGACAAGUCAAGAUGGAUUUAGCCUGAGUGUUGACAGUAUCACUGAACCCUAUCAGGGUGACCCCAACCAGCCCUGUCAACUUUAUGCCGGCCCGACUAUACCUAAAUGCAGCGAAACACAAAAGAAGCUACAAUACACACAACAUCGAGAAGACAGUGAUGUCAGAAACAGCAACAAAAACAAUGUAAUAAGUCAGGUGGACGUGAAUUCCAAAAAUGUUUUUGGUCAGCCUCGAGUGAUUGCAUCACUGCGAGCAGCAUGCUCCCCCCAGCCCGUUCGGAAGAGCACAGUGGUAGAGGACCUGAAAAAACUUAUCGUGAUGGAUGACACAGAGGACAACGCCCAGGGUGACUCAUCAUGUCCUCAACAAACACAGGCGGAGCUUUGCAGCAAGUCACAAAUGUCAGGUUCAUGCAACAGUCCUUUGUUAUCUAGUACUACUCACCAGUCAUACCCAGAGUCCCCAGCACUCACACCAAUCCAUCUCUCCAUGCAAACAUAUCCCACAGAAUGCUGGGCAAUGCCUGAACAGACUGAAUUUGACCUUUGGGACAAAGACCAUCAGACUGAUCCUGAAAUUAUGCCUCUUCCAAGCACUGCCUGUGAUCUUGAUUGGAAUAGUCUAGUUCAGGCAGCCCAAGCCUAUGAGACACGAAGAAUGGCAACCCUUCUGUCAGAAAUGAGUCCUGUACCAAGCAGGCCAGACAUGCCAUCCCACGAGACUUGCAAGAUCCACCAUUUCAGUGCCUAUUGCAGUGGAGAGGAUACAGACAGUGACGUGUUCAUCAACAUUACCAACCAACUCUCUCACCUGGAAGGGAUGCUUAGGCGACUUAGUAGUGAUCUACUGAGGGAGAAAAGAGACAAGGUGGCUCUGCUGGCAGAAGUGUUGAAGCUUCGCAUUUGCAACCAACAUCUGAAAGAAGAGUCCCUCUGUGCAAUUGAACGACUACACAAAAUCAGCAAAAUUUUAAACACAACACCUGGAGGUGUUGAGUAAUUCAGGAUUGGCAGAUUACAAAUCCAUAUAUGCAAAAGUAUGUCAUGUAUAAUUGAUAUGAUUACACAUAAUCCACAAAAAAUGCAAACAAAUUGAACUUUUAAUCAAAGUUAACUGCACAGUAAACCAGAACAUGGUUCAUAAGGCACUUAUAAGGCUUCUUAUUGAAUAACUGGUUUAGACAGUAAAAAAGUCCAUAAAACGUUUUAAUAUGAAACAUUAUAAUAAAUAUAUAAAUAAAUACAGAUACUUAACGGUUCCCAUGUAUUAUAAUUAAGUAAUAAAAGUGACCAUGUAAAGUCAUUUUAGAAGAAGGUGUGCUUUGGAAAAUCUGUCUUAUAAAAAAAAUUUAAAAAAAUAAUUCUUAAACCAUACAAAAUCUCUACAAAUGUAAACACAGUAAUGUAAUCACAGUAGAACAGUUAAAAUAUAUUUAACACCACCAUAAAUUUGUUUAGUAAUUUAAAAUGCUGUAUAAAAUGCCUGAGAUGCAAUUAUUUGUAAUCACAACAGUGAUUAAUGUUAAUAAAACUGUUUCAGACUAA